CGCCACAAUAUGGGGAGGCCCAAUGCGUGACUGACUUCGAUAUACUCCUACCACAUGUAGAGUCAGGGGUGGUUGAUCUCUCCAACCCAGAGACGGAUCUUCUCGAUCUACUUGCCGAAUGUCCACCCCUACAACCUUCCGCGCCGCCAUUAGCAUACCAGGACCCAGGUACUGCCGUGAUAAGGACGAGAUCCUUGAUGCCUAUCUCGACAAUCGUCGCGACACGCUUGCAAUUCGGCAUAGAUGUGCUAAACCAAGCACCCAGAAUGAUGGUUCUGGAAAACCAGACCCCAUGGUGUCAUCGCCAGCUGUACAAAGAUGGCAUGCCGAGGUCAGUGCAAGGUAGGCCACUGCCGUCCUACCAGCUUAUGCGUUUCUAAUAAUAGCAGACGCUUUGGCUUGCUGUGCCCUCUACAUGGCUCGAAACGAGAUCAACACCCCCGUCAUCCUAUCUUCCUUCAAAACCCGCAUCGACGACCUGCUCACCUCCCCACCUCCAAGCACACAUAUAGAAGCCCUCGCUUACACGCAAUCACUCAUUCUCUAUCAAAUUAUGCGUCUCUUCGAUGGUGAUAUCCACGCCCGCGUAUCCGCCGAACCACUCAUCCCUGUCUUGAAAACCGCCGCCCUCAACCUCUUGAGCCUUGUUCAUUUCCCAGCUGUGGAAGCCGAAACUGAUUCUUCCGCACCCAUGGAAGCUGUCAUGCAAUCAUGGAGCGAUUGGGUAUACCAGGAGUCGGCGCGACGCACUGCGCUGUUCAGCUUCUACCUGAUCCAGAUAUACCGCUUGAUUAUCGGCGAAAACAACCUCAGCUGCGACGGCCGUCUGGGUCUCAACCAUUCGUGGUAUCUAUCUGCACAGCUGUGGAACGCGCAGACUGCCUUUGAUUUUGCGGUUGCGUGGAACGAGAACCAGCAUUUUCUGAUCUGCAAUGCGGAUUUUGUGGGCGCGUUGCAAUCUGCACGACCGGCUGAUGUAGAUUUGUUUGGGCGGAUGCUUCUCAGUACAGUCUUGGGGGUUGAUCAGGCUAAGGCGUGGUUUUAUUCUCGGGGGGCUAUCCUGUAAUGAUUGGGUCACCCCGAUGGUCCGAGAAUCGUCAAAAUUCGUG